AUGGCUAGUACAAGUGGUGUUAAACGGAAACACAAAACUUUAACAAUAUCGGAGAAGUGGGAGAUUAUUAAAAGAAUAGAUAGCGGUGAAACGCCGACUGCAGUAGCGAAAUGUUAUGACAUCGGACGGCCUACGAUCUAUGAUGUAAUGAAGAAGAGAGAAAAAAUUGAAGGGUUUAUGAAGUCUGUUGAAGACGACGCUUUAAACAGGAAAACACUGAGAACAAGCGAGUUUCCUGAGGUGGAAGAAGCACUGUUCAUUUGGUUUAAACAACAACGCACACGGAAUGCUCCUAUUUCCGGAGACAUACUUAAACAAAAAGCGCAAUAUUUCUACACAGAAAUAACAAAGAAGGAUGAUUUUCGAGCUAGUCAUGGAUGGUUCGAAAACUUCAAAAAACGCCAUGGUAUACGGUUUAUGAAGAUGAGUGGUGAAAAGGUAUCUGCUGACAAGUCUGAGAUUGAUUCGUUCAUUGAAAUGUUGGACAAAAAAAUUACUGAGCUUGGUUUAGUUCCCGAGCAACUGUACAACGCCGAUGAAACCGGGUUGAAUUGGCGACAGCUCCCGGCAGAAACAUUUGUAAGUGAUGAGGAAAAAAAAGUGUCUGGAAGGAAAUUGCAAAAAGAACGACUCACGCUUAUGGUGUGUGCUAAUGCAUCAGGCACUCAUGCUUUAAAACUGCUUGUUGUAGGAAAAUCAAAAAACCCUCGAGCAUUCAAAAAUGUCAAGGUUGAAUCUCUGCCAGUAACUUACAAGUCACAAAGUCGCGCUUGGGUCACAAAAGAAGUUUUUCAUGACUGGUACACUAACAGCUUCGUUCCACAAGUUAAGGCUGAAUUAAAGAAGAACAAGUUACCAAUGAAAGCCCUUCUUUUACUGGAUAAUGCGCCAGGACAUCCUGAUGCUGAUGAAUUGAAAAUCAAAACUGCUGAUGGCUACAUUGAAGCUAUGUACCUACCAAAAAAUACCACAGCUUUAAUCCAGCCCAUGGAUCAAAAUGUGAUAAAAACUCUGAAAGCUCACUACAAAAAGCGCAUUCUUAUGGAUGUUGUCAGUCAACCUGAUGCUGAUAUUGCAGCGAUUUUGAAAGCUUUCAACAUUAAGGACGCCAUUUUGAAUGUUGCAUAUGCUUGGCAACAAGUAAAAAGCACAACUUUGAUCAAAUCUUGGAAAAAUGUAUGGCCUAACAAUCCAUGUCUUACAACAUGUAAUCCUACAUCCAGCAGCGACCCAGAACCCGUUUUGGAGGCUACAUUGGAACUUUGUAACGAAGUGCAACUUGCCCCCGCAUCAGUUGAAGAGCUUAGGACAUGGAUCAUGGAGGACAACCUUGAUGCUGACGUGACAGACGCAGAUAUAAUCCAAGAAGUUACAGCAGCUGAUGACGACGUGAUCGAGGACGCAGCGCCAGAAAAAACCUUCACCGUCAGCUGUGAUGACGCUGUAUCGGCUGCUAAUACUUUGUUACGUUGGUGCCAAGAGAGAGAUGUGGACAUGACAAAAGUUUUAGUUUUAAAAGGAUUGCAAGAAGCAGCAAUGAUGGACUGUGUACAAAAAAAGAAGCAGAAGUCAAUCACAGACUUUUUUAACAACUAA